AUGGCGGCCCUCGACGAUGUCCAAGUGGGUGACGUCGUCAAUGUGCCUGGGGGUAUGUUUGGCACUGUGAAAUAUUUGGGGUCCGUGGCAGGGAAGCCCGGUAAAUUUGCGGGCAUCGAGUUGAGCAGCGAGUAUUCUUCACGAGGUAAAAAUAGUGGUGAUGUGGAGGGUCGGAAAUACUUUGCAACAUCGGUUCCAGGUUCUGGAAUCUUUGUACCCAUGAACAAUAGCAAAUAUGUUACUCGUCGAUCUACCUCCAGCAAUUUCGCCGUGCCUACAACUCCUGCGCGUGCCCCGCCUGCCAACUUCAGCAAGUCAGUUGGCCCAAGCCUGUCCACUCCUCGUCCUAAGAUCCGUCGUCCAUCACUUCCUCGUCCCGAAUCACCACGCGUUCCUGCUCCCAAACUGAGCUUAAGUGGUUUGCGCACUCCCUCCGCCGCGUCGAAGACAUCCAAUGGCUACCAACGGAGCCCUACCAAGGCACCUUCGCGACUGUCAGAUCGACCACCGUCCCGACUGAGCGUGGAUGAUGAUGGUGGUUCGUCGUACGGGAGACCUUCCGACUUCCCACGACCUUCGUCCGCCGAGACACAACAGUUGAGGGACCAGGUCAAAGGGCUGGAAAAGCAGUUGCUUGACCGGGACAAGCAAUUGGAAGAACAGUCAAAGAUUUUGGGCGAUUUUCAAAAGGCAAUGGAGGAGAUGGAAGGAUCAGAUGCUCUUUCGAUCCGUGUUCAGCUUCGUGAGAGGAACGAACGCAUUAACCAGUUGACCGCGGAGUUUGAUGGACACCGCGCGGAUUUCCGGAGUACGCUUGAUACAUUGGAGAUUGCUGCGUCUGAAACCGAGCGUGUCUACGAACAGCGUCUUGAUGAGCUCAUGCACCAGAACAAGGAGUUGCAGGACCGCGGCGAGGAUGUCGAGAUUGUUGCCCAGCAAUUGAAGCAAUUGGAGGAGCUGGUCUCUGAACUUGAAGAGGGGCUUGAAGAUGCCCGUCGAGGUGAAGCAGAAGCUAGAGGCGAGGUUGAAUUCCUUCGUGGUGAAGUCGAAAGGACCAAACUAGAACUGAAAAAGGAACGGGAUCAUUCUGCGGCAGCACUGAAGGAUGCACAGGCUGCAGCAGACGGUCCCCGGCAUUCAAAUGAUCUGGAGCAGAAAGACGACGAAAUCCGCGGCCUCAAGGCCAUCAUCCACUCUCUUAGUCGCGGGAACCCCAAUGCUGCGAACCCGAAUGAAAAUGGUGCAGAUGCUCACAAUGAACAAACGGAGCGGAUCUCUGAACUGGAGCAACGUCUACAAGAAGCCGAAGGCAACACUGGGUUUAAAGACACCCGUAUUGAAGAGCUUGAGCGUGAGCUACAAGAGCUACGAGUCAGCUCCAGUGAAGGGGGUCGCAAUCGCAGUUCAACUGUCACCCUUUCCCCGCCAAAGCAGCAUAAGCCAUCGAACUCCCAAGGCAACAUGCCCAUGGGAAACAACGCUAAUAAUUCACACCGUCUCUCUGACCGCACAGUGGUCCCUCCUGAGUGGCACGAUGCUCCUUCAGAACCCCGCCAGCAUAAUCGCGGUAUAUCCAACUCGUCCCAGCCACGACUUGAGCCCAUGCCUGAGUCUGAACGAUCUUCUGAUGAUGAUGCUUUGUGGUGUGAGAUAUGUGAGACUGGUGGCCAUGAUAUUCUCAACUGUACAAGCAUGUUUGGUUCGGGUGAUCACACCGCCAAUCCAAAAGCAACAGAGGCCUCGAACGAUAGCUCAGCUAAUAAGCCCGAUGAUCAUGCCGAUUCGAACCAAAAUGGAAGCAACGAGAGCUACGCAGACCCCUCUCCAUCCCCUAAGACUGGUCGGGAUGUUGUCCUUGAGGGACUGAAAGGCAUUGGCGGCCUAGGGAACUCUAUGGCCCCUGUGGCUGGCAUGUCCUCUGGAGUCAUUGACGAGUCCAAGUGGUGUGCUCUCUGUGAGCGAGAUGGCCAUGAGAGUAUCGAUUGUCCAUUUGAUGAAUAA